GUUACUUCCGGCCUCCCUCUAGCUGCCAUCUUGCGUCCCCGCGUGUGAGCGCCUUAUCUCAGCUGGUCUGCCCGAGACCCCCUGAGCGUGAACCUUAGUCCCUCGCGCGGCCCCAUUUCCACUCCGACAAGAUGAAAGAAACGAUCAUGAACCAGGAAAAACUCGCCAAACUGCAGGCACAAGUGCGCAUUGGUGGGAAAGGAACUGCUCGUAGAAAGAAGAAGGUGGUUCACAGAACAGCCACAGCAGACGAUAAAAAACUGCAGUUCUCCUUAAAGAAGUUAGGGGUAAACAAUAUCUCUGGUAUUGAAGAGGUGAACAUGUUUACAAACCAAGGAACAGUGAUCCAUUUUAACAACCCUAAAGUUCAGGCAUCUCUGGCAGCAAACACCUUCACCAUUACAGGCCAUGCUGAGACAAAGCAGCUGACAGAAAUGCUUCCCAGCAUCCUCAACCAGCUUGGAGCAGACAGUCUGACUAGUUUAAGGAGACUGGCUGAAGCUCUGCCCAAACAAUCUGUGGACGGAAAAGCACCACUUGCUACUGGAGAGGAUGAUGAUGAUGAAGUUCCAGAUCUGGUGGAGAAUUUUGAUGAGGCUUCUAAGAAUGAGGCAAACUGAAUUGAAGCAACUUCUGAAGAAGGUGACACUUGCAGAAGUUACAGGAGCUGCUAUUUUAUAUCAUGACUGCUUUUUAAAAAUUUUUUUGUUUAUUAUGGAUCUGAUAAAAUCUAGAUCUCUAAUAUUUUUAAGCCCAAGCCCCCGGACACUGCAGCUCUCCUCAGUUUUCGCUUAUACCUAAGUCAUUCUUUGCAGCAAAAAAGCUGAAGAAGCCUGGGAAUAAAGUUUGGAAAAGGUUAAUAAAAUUCUUUGCCUAGUA